AUGUUUAUUUAUUAUUUACUUAAUGAUCAUCUAUUUUAUUUUCAGGAAACAUGUCGCGUUACUCAACCCUAUAUAAUUGGGCAAUUAAUUUUACAUUUUGAAGAUGAAAAUGUGGUCAGCAGAACUUGGGCAUAUAUCUAUGCAGUUUUAUUAGCAUUAUUAUUAACUUGUGCUGUUUUAUUUGAUUUAUUUCACUUUUAUAAAAUCCAACAUUUAUCAUUGAAGAUGAAAACUGCUGUGGGUGCAUUGAUUUAUAAGAAGAUUUUAAGUUUGAACAGUCAAACAUUCCAUCUUACAAACUCAGGAAAAAUUUUGAAUCUUUUAACCACCGAUUUAGAAAAGUUCAAUUUUUCAUUUGAAACAUCCCAUUUUUUAUGGAUCUGUCCAAUAGAAUUGUUAGUGAUAUUGAUGUUAUUAUAUCAUCAUGUUGGUUUUCCUGCAUUAUUUACAUUGAUUAUUAUUGUUGUUCUGUUACCUAUACAAAUAUUCUGUGGUCAAAUGUUUGCAAGAUUGAGAGGUAAAAUUGGUAAAUGGUCUGAUAAGAGAAUUAAUAAGAUGAAUGAAAUUCUAUCUGGAAUUAGAGUUAUAAAGAUGUAUUGUUGGGAGAAACCAUUUCAUAGUUUAAUUACAAAAAUCAGAAAGGAAGAAGUGAAAUUUGUAAAAAUAGCAGUGUUUUUAAGAGCAUUAAAUCUGGGAUUAAUGUUUGUAUCACCAAAGUUAAUGGGACUGAUUAUAUUUGUAUCAUUAUGGUGGCUUGGAAUACCCCUAUCUGUUCAUAUUGUAUUUGUAACAGUUGGUUGGUUGUUAAUUCUACAAGACACAGUCUUCCUCUUUCUAUUUUUAGCUGUUGAAAACCUGAUGGCUUUAUAUGCUUCUUUAAAACGUGUUCAGAGGUUUUUGUUAAUAGAUGAAGAGAAAUCAAUGAGAACAUUUAAAGAUGUAAAACAAGAAUCUACCCAUAAUGACAGUGAACUGUCUGUAGAUAUUUUGAGAAUGACAGCAAGUGACUACAGGUUUUUAAAAGAUAAUCUAAUUUUUUUUACCCAAUUUGUAUUUAUUUUGCAGGGAGAAUUGUUGGCUGUUGUUGGUAAGGUAGGCUGUGGUAAGACAUCAUUAUUGAUGACAUUAAUGGGUGAAAUACAACAUAAUAAAGGGCAGAUAACUGUGUAUGGUGAUAUAAGCUACUCAUGUCAACAGUCUUGGGUGUUUUCUGGCAGUAUUAAAGAGAAUAUUUUACUAGGAAAUGAAUAUAAUGAAGCCAAAUAUAAGGAAGUUCUCCGUGCUUGUGCCUUAGUCAAGGAUAUCGACAAUAUGUCAAACAGAGAUUCAACUUUUGUUGGAGAAAGAGGUUUAUUUUUAAGUGGUGGCCAAAAGGCUCGCUUAACAUUGGCUAGAGCUGCAUAUCGGGAGAGUGACAUAUAUUUAUUAGAUGAUCCCCUUAGCUCUGUUGAUUCUGAAGUUGGUCAACACAUCUUUCAUCAGUGUAUUAAAGGUCUAUUAAAAAGUAAAACUAGAAUAUUGGUCACUCAUCAAGUUCAAUAUUUGAAACAUGCAGAUAGAAUAUUGAUUUUACAUGAGGGUAAACUUCAGCAUUUAGGAACAUACAAGGACCUAUUGUCUCAAGGUGUAGAUUUUUCUAAUGUUUUAACACAAGAGAAUGAUGAAGAUCAAUCUCCAGUGAAAGAAGUUAGUGCUGUAGAAAAUGCGGAGGUAAGUUGUUAUAGAUCAAUAGUACAAUUAUAUAUGGUGAAGCCCUUAUCAGCCAUAAUAGAAUCUCCUGGUUCACAGAGUUCAACUAACCCACUUUCUAUGGUGAAUGUAGAAGUAUUAAAUCGUGAUAAAGUACCAUGUAAAGUUUACAAAGAUUACUUUAAAGCUGGUUAUUUUUUUUCUAUCCCAGUGAUGUUGUUCAAUACAACUGAGAAUAUUAUAGGUUAUACUUCAAACAAUCUAAGUGAUAAUACAACUAUGUUAUUUAAUAAUAAUGAACCAGAUAGAACUCUUACACCAGAAUUAAAAUUAUAUUUUAUAUUUACCUGUGUAUUCGCUGUGAGUGGAUUUUUCUGUGUCCUUUUGAAUAUGAUGAUUUGUGCCGUGGCCAGCCAGAAUCUACAUAAUAACAUGUUUGAGCGAGUUUUAGGAGCUGUUACUAAAUUCUUUGAUUCACAGCCAUUAGGUAAAAUAUUAAAUCGUUUUUCAAGAGAUAUUGGUUUAAUGGAUGAUAUUUUGAUUAGAAUUUGGGAAGUUGUUAUUGAGUUUACAGUAAUGUUAAUAGGGACAUGUAUCAAUAUAUGUAUUAUAGCACCCUGGUUAUUUAUAACUUUGGUUCCAUUGUGUUGUGUUAUCAUUGCUAUUAGAUUUUAUGCUAUAAAAACAACUAGAGAUGUGAAAAGAUUAGAGGCAAUAGCAAAAUCACCAGUAUAUUGUCAUGUAUCAGAUACCAUAAUAGGCCUGCAGACUAUCAGAGCUAGUGGAAAACAGAAACAGUUUGCUGAUGACUUUGAUAGGUUUCAGAAUCAAGCUAGUGGAGCAUGGUUUACCUAUCUUUCAGCUUAUAGAUGGUUUAGUAUAAGAACACUAUUAUGUGUUAUUAUAUUUAUCAACCUAGUUAUACACGUCUUUCUACUCAUCAAAGAUGAUAUACCAAGUGGUUUGGUUGGUUUAGCUUUCACAUAUCUUAUCUCAUUCUCAAUGCCUUUUGAGUUCUAUAUGAGAAUCACAGCUGAAUUGGAAAAUUCUAUGACAGCUGUAGAGAGAGUUUUAUCUUACACAGAUGUCGAACAGGAAGCCAGUAAAACAUCAGACCGUCCACCUCCCAAUGACUGGCCAAGUCAGGGAUCUAUAACAUUUAGUGAUAUUAAUUUAAGAUAUGAUAAAAAUGGUCCAUUAGUUUUAAAAAAUAUCAAUCUACAUAUCAGAAGCAAAGAAAAGAUUGGUAUUGUUGGACGUACUGGAGCAGGUAAAAGUUCUCUAAUGUCAGCUCUAUUCAGAUUAGCUGAGCCUAAUGGUAAAAUAUUUAUAGAUGGUUGGGAUGUAUUACAGAUUGGACUAGAUGAAUUGAGAAAGAAAAUAUCUGUCAUACCACAAGACCCAGUAUUAUUUAGUGGAACUUUAAGAUAUAAUCUAGAUCCUUUUGAUGAAUAUAGUGAUGAAAGACUCUGGAACGCUCUGGAUCAGGUACAACUGAGAGAAAAGGUAGCAAAAACACAAGAUAAUUUAUAUAUGGAGAUGUCUGAAGCUGGUCAAAAUUUUAGUAUUGGACAAAGACAACUGGUUUGUCUAGCUAGAGCAUUAUUAAGAUAUAAUACGGUAUUAGUUUUAGAUGAGGCUACAGCACAUGUGGAUUCACAAACUGAUGACUUAAUUCAAGGUACAAUCCGAGCUAAAUUUAUAAAUAGUACAGUUUUAACUAUAGCUCAUAGAUUACAUACAGUGAUGGACUGCGAUAGAAUACUGGUUUUAUCUGAUGGUGAAGUAAAGGAAUUUGAUACACCUUAUAAUCUACUACUGGAUGAUGAUGGAUACUUUACAAAUUUGGUUGAGCAGACAGGACCUAAUCAGUCAGCUGAAUUACGUCAGAUGGCAAAAUUAGCAAAUUUUAGCCGCCUAUCAGCAAGUAUUUUGUUAGAGGAAGCUGUAAUGAAAGCAGAUCGUCAUUUAUCAAAUAGUCGUUCUAGUUUGACUAAAAGUAUCAAAUCUAGAAACAGCAUCAGUCGCAAAGAUUCACAAAGACGAAGUAGGCCAGAUCUGCAAGACAAGGAUUUUAAGUCAUCAAAACAAAAUUCCCCUGCCCCUGUGAAAUCAAAAGACAUUAUCUGUACAGCAAAGUCUACUUCUUCUCUGAAAGACAGUGAUAAUCCUAUACAAAAUGGCAGUCCACCUUCUUCUCCCCCUUCAGCUAGUCUCCAGAUUUCUACCAAUAUAGAUAACUCUACCGGAAAUUCACAUCAAAGUUUCACUUGUCAUCCACUGCAAUCCUCAUCAAACAGUUGUCCAUCUAAUUCUAAAAUAGAUUCAGUGAAGUCAACUGACAAAGUGGAUAAGGGUGAAAAAGAAGUUAUGGUUUAA